UGUUUUGCUUUUGGCUUACGUGAGGGGUGAAGCCUUCUGGUUCUGGCUCUUUCGUCCUCCCCUUUGGAUUUUUUUUUCUAUGCAUGGUCAUUACUUUCUUGUUCUUUUGCCUUCUGGAUUUGCCUCAGAAUUCAGAUUCCUUUCAUCAUAAUCACAAUUUGAAUUCAUAUCUCGUCCUUUUCUCACUCUUUCCGUUUAUCCGUUUCCUCUACUUUAAUUGCACUCGAAUUAUGUGAUAUCUCUUCGCUCUCGGUAUAUGCCUAAAAAAUAAUGGUUAACCUUCAGUUGUUCUUUGAUGAUGAUGAUGAUGAUGGCGGCUUUGUUUUCUCAGCCGUGCAGAUUUUCUGCUUGAAAGUUUUCAUCUUUGAAGAGAUUUGCCAUCUGGGUAUGUGCUAGUUUUCUAAUCUUUUUUUGGGAUGGACUUUUCGUUGAAUUGUAAGAGUUCUAGAUUGUUUGGGAUUCAUUUGACUUCUUUGACAUGUAAAUGUCUUGUUUUGAUUGCUAUUUUUCUGGUUUUUAGAACUUUCUGUAUGCCUUCAAUUUCUGGAUAUGGUGGGGUUAGGGUUGAACAGAAUAGGAUUGAUUUGAUUCAGAGUGAAUCUCUGGCCCUGGAUUCUGGUUAUGGAAUUAGGAGAGAUAAGUUUUUGGAGGUUCCUCAAAUUGUUUGGGGCCUAAACAAUCAAAAGAUUGCAUUUGCAAGAGCAUGUUUGACUGCUAGAUUGCUUAAUAGAACACUUUUGAUGCCUAGUUUAAGUGCUUCUUUGUUCUAUAAGGAAGUUGAUCUCUUGCAGCCUAUUUCAUUUGACAAAGUGUUUCAAUUUGAAAGGUUUAAUUCGCUUUGUAAAGGGUUUGUUCAAUUGGGUCGGUUUUCCGAUGUUUCUAAUAGGAGCAGAGUUUUCGAGAUUCACAAGGGAAGUGGAAGGAGGUGGACGAUUGAGAGAGAUUUGGAUCAGUUGAGGGAGGCCAGAGAGGAACCAUCGACCAAUGAGUAUGAGGUGAUUCGAAUUGUUGGGAAGAAUCCCUUUUUGUGGCACGAUCAUUGGCCUGUUAAGGACUAUGCAAGAGCCCUUGAAUGCUUAGUUUUGGUUGAUGAAUUCUCAAAAGAAGCUGAUAGAGUUGUGUCUAAAAUUAGAGAGGUAGGAAGGGACAUUAGAAGUGCACAAAAUGGCAAGGAUACAGAUGGUUCCUCGUUGCAACAGGUUCCUUAUGUAGCAGUCCACAUGAGGGUAGAGAUAGACUGGAUGAUUCAUUGUAAAAAAUUAGAGCAGAGAUCGAAGAUGAGUGAGAUUUGUAGUAGCAAGGAGGAGAUUAUGGAGAGAGUGGGGAACAUUGCAGGCCUGGAAACACCAUUGAUUGUUUACCUUGCGGUGGCUGAUACUCUGCUUGGAAACUCUUCUAUACUUAGUGGCUGGAAAGAAGGCUUAGUUCCAUUUGAGAAAAAGAAAUUAGGUGUUGAUGGUGUUUACAAGAAGUACCCGUAUCUCAUUCAAUCGGCAAUAGACUAUGAAGUGUGCUUGAGGGCUGAUGUCUUCGUGGGGAACAGUUUCUCCACAUUUUCAAGCCUCAUAGUUCUUGAGAGAACACAAAAGAUGAUCAGAACUGGCAUGGCUAAUUCAUGUGGUACCGAUGUAAUGUGGCCUUCUUAUGCAUAUAACAUAUUGGGAGAGUCAAAUGGUCCCCGAAGAUGGAUGACAAAUAUAUCUGAUUCAAGCCUUCGCGCCAUCAGCUAUGGCUCUAAUGCAAUAUCGUGCUCAACAUCGUGACACACAGUUUCUCCAAUUCACUCCAGAAAUUUUUGUAAAGAAGAGAUUGCAUUCUAUAGCAAAACAGGAAUCUUAAUUCUCUAUGAGGACCUGACCAUGUCCUCAGCUGGUCCAUGGUAAUGAGAAUCUUGAGCUCUUUCCAUGCCAUUUGACCCCAAUCCUAUAGCAGACUUGACAGUUUUCAGUCUCACUUUAUUAUCAAGCCCCAUAUGUCUCAUGACAAUGAAGUAUUUCUAACCCCUUAGAUUAGUUGAAUGGCCCCCAACGGUGUGAACCCACAUGGACAGUCUCAUAAGUUUCAUGCUUUCGAAAGAUUAUAGGGUUCGGUCGAGCAUUUGGGAAGUUUUUUGUUUAGACAGGAUAAGUUGAACCUCUCAUGUAGCUUGUUUUUCAUGUUGAUCAUUUUUUUGAUCUUA